AUGGUCUUGCUGAUGGUGUACUUGACGAGUACCAUGGAGGCGGUUCGGUGCUGCCGGCAGCGGGAAGGUCCAGCGACGCAGCAAGAUGGAGGCGUGCAGGCGGGAGCAGAGGAGAGGCAGAGGCGCCUGGCUCCGGUGAGGCUAGAGCUCAUGGGGUGGCGGAGGCCAUGGACGAAGGAGGGGAGACGGUUCAGCGGCAAGGAUGAUGCAGGGAAGGCGCACGGGGGAACCACAGCGAGGAGGAGAAGGGAGCAGGGGCGCGCGACUGGGGAAGGCAAGUGGGAAGGUCAGCGGGUGCCAGCGGCAGCGGCGGCUCGCCGGCCAAUGGGGCGCCAUGGCCGCCUGAAGCGGGAAGAGCCGGGAGACGAGUUCGUGAAUGAGUAUCCUGUUGAGUAUGUUUACGAGGAGCAAGCUUUCGACAACCCUGAGAACUUUGCAGCCAAGAUGAUCAUUACCCCUGAUAUCACUUCUAUCUUUGCUUGCUAG